AUUUUUUUUUUUUCUAUUAGAGGGCUGAAGAUGAAAACUAUGUUUAGGGUGGGAAGGAUGGAAGAACAUCAUAGCAUCAGAAGAAAAAGAAGACAACUAAGUGUAAAAACAAAGAUUAAAAGUUGGAAGCUUAGUUUGCAAUGUUGUUGAUAUUCAAAUUCACAAAUCAAAAUAUUGUGAGAAAAAAAUAUUAGUUUUUGUUUAAAAAAUAAUUAAAAUUGUCCCGCCGUUUGCUCCCAAUCUUCUUUGUUACAAUAAUUGUAAUAAGCUGGCCACAGACCAUUCCAACAUUUCUCUCUCUCUAUCUCUCUCUAUCCAUAGACUUGAAUACCAAAGCUUUCUCUCUCUAGAGUUUAUCUGUUAUUUCUCCUUUUUUUUUUUUUUCUUUUUGUUUUUGUUAAUUGCCUAAAUUUUUUCUUUGAAAAUUGCUUUCUGCUCAAGCCUGUUGUCUUUCUCUUCUUUUCCCGUCGUUUUUAGUUCUUGGGUUUCUCUUCGGGUUGGUUUCUGGGUUCUAAGUGGUUUUUCGCAUGGCUGGUCGCUACGAUUCUAACCCUUUUGAUGAAGAAGAAGUUAAUCCCUUUUCUGAUCCAGCUGUAAGGGGGAAAUCAUCGGGUCAGCAGAAGUUCAGUGGAGGUGCAUUUUACACAUCAAGUGCUCCUCCUGCUUCAAACUCUAGGCUUUCACCACUUCCUCCUGAGCCUGCUGAUUUUGGUUAUGAUCAUGGUGCAACAGUUGACAUUCCAAUUGAUUCCACUACAGAUUUGAAGAAGAAAGAAAGGGAACUCCAAGCUAAGGAGGCUGAAUUGAGAAGGCGAGAGCAGGAUGUAAAACGGCGUGAAGAUGCAGCUGCACGAGCUGGAAUUGUCCUGGAGGAGAAAAAUUGGCCACCAUUUUUCCCCAUUAUCCAUCACGAUAUUGCAAAUGAAAUACCGAUUCAUCUACAAAGAAUUCAAUAUGUUGCAUUUACAACAUUUCUAGGAUUGGUUCUCUGUCUUUUCUGGAACAUUAUAGCUGUUACAACGGCAUGGAUUAAGGGCGAAGGGGUGAGAAUCUGGUUUCUUGCUAUUAUUUACUUCAUAUCUGGAGUUCCUGGGGCAUAUGUUUUGUGGUAUCGCCCACUUUAUCGUGCAUUUAGGACUGAAAGUGCUUUGAGGUUUGGAUGGUUUUUCCUUUUUUAUUUGAUUCACAUUGGCUUCUGCAUUGUAGCAGCGGUUGCUCCUCCUAUAUUUUUCAAAGGGAAAUCUUUCACUGGCAUUUUGUCUGCAAUAGAUGUUUUGGGUGACCAUGCUUUAGUUGGGAUAUUCUACUUCGUUGGAUUUGGAUUAUUCUGCAUUGAAUUGGUGCUUAGUAUCUGGGUUCUUCAGCAAGUAUACAUGUAUUUCCGCGGCAGUGGUAAAGCUGCUGAGAUAAAGCGCGAGGCUGCUAGAGGAGCUAUGAGAGCUGCGAUUUGAUAAUCCUAUGCUUAUGGGGAGGCAAAUAUUCGGAGCUUUUGUAUGUGGGUUAGGUUGUAUAUGCCCUUAGCCACGCAAUUUUCGCAUAUGAAAUUUCUAGGCGUGAGACUGGCUUUUGUUGUACCAAUUUCAUUACUUUUUAUGGCUUGGUUGAGUGCUGGUAAAUGCUUCUACAUAUAAUAUUUAAGGAGGCUGUAAACUUGGAUUUAUUUUUUCUUUAUUUAGAGAAAUUAAAGCUGUGAUUUUGCCAA